CGUGGCCUUAGCCAACAAUGCGCGGAGAGAGGCAAGAGUGUGCCUGUGUUUGUGCAGCAAAGCCGGCUGUUUGCUUUGCCUCCCCUUUUCUCUGGGGUCCCUUUGGUGGCGCCGCGGCCCCCCUUUUCUCAUUGGUAUGUGGACACUAUUGAAGAAGAGAGAGAAAAGAACGAGCAAAGCGCACCGGGCCUGCCUGUCUUCCCAUCUGGCGCCGGCCUUCUUUUCCUCCCAACCUGAGAUCUGGCGAGGGGAGGGGAGACACAUUUCCAAAGCAGGAGAAGGAGGAGAAAGGAAGGGAAUGUUGCCCCCACCUCCCAAUUUGAAGGACUGGGAAGAGGGAGGACCAUCCUGGCAUUGACUCUCUUUCUCCUCUUUCUCUGCCUUUGGAAGUUCAUUGUUUCUUGGGAAGGAAAGGUGUGUGCGCUUCCCUGACUUCCCUUUUGCUUUGUUUUUUUUUUUUUGCUCUGGAUUUUCAAAGAAAGUUUGCCAAAGUUGGCGCAGCAGAAGGACUUCGAAGUGCGCACUGCGCAGCCCAAGGGACUGAAGGCGACCACAGUCGGAGAGAGAAGUGUCCAAGCUCUCAUCCUCUUUGGAUGUCUGGAGCCAUGCGCUUUUGCCUGUCCCGAGAAGAGGUGGAGUGUCCGGCACAGUGGCUUUAGGACAAAGUGAAGGAGAAGGCACUGGCCAUGGCUCUCUGGACCCUGUCCAUCUUUGCCCUCCCAUUGAUGGCCCUCGAGGGCAACCAGCUGCACCCUGGCAUGCCAAAUGUCUGUGCCAGUCGACAGCUUGUAAUGGGCAGCCGCCAGCAGCCGAGGAUCCAAGGCUUUACCCGUUCGGUGAAAGUAUCGACACUGGGCUGCGGAGGCCAGCCUUGGUGCGUUGGCUACAAGUGGAGGAUGGUGUACUAUAUGGACAACCGGCAAAUCUACAGCAUGCAGCACCAGACGGUGUACCGUUGCUGUCCUGGAUGGUCCCAACUUGGAGAGAGCGCAGGAUGCCUUUAUCCUGUCUGCAAUGAUGGAGUGUGUUUCAAUGGAGGAAAGUGCAUGGAAGGGUCCUUCCAGGUCUGCCAUUGUCCCUCGGGCUUCCAAGGGCCCCGCUGUCAGUAUGACGUGGAUGAAUGCCAGGUUCACAACGGAGGCUGCCAGCAUAGAUGUGUGAAUACUCUGGGAUCCUAUUACUGCGAGUGCAAGCCAGAGUUUCGUUUACACACCGACGGCAGGACCUGUCUUGCCAUCAACACUUGCGCUAUCAACAAUGGCGGAUGUGAACAUGACUGUGUGCAACUUACUCUGUCCCAACACCAGUGCCGAUGCCGGCUGAAUUACCAGCUGAAGGAUGAUGGGAAACAUUGCAUUUUGAGGAACCCAUGCGACAACAGGAACGGUGGCUGCAUGCACAAGUGCCAGAACCGCCGUGGGUUAGCCCAUUGCCAAUGCCACGCUGGGUACAGACUGGCGGCUGAUGGCAAAGCCUGUGAAGAUGUGAAUGAGUGUGCGCUCAGAAUGGCCAUGUGCGCCCAUGGUUGCCUGAACACCCGUGGCUCCUUCAAAUGCACCUGCAACCUGGGAUAUGAACUUGGGGCGGACGGCAAGCAGUGUUACCGAAUAGAAAUGGAAAUUGUGAACAGUUGCGAGACCAACAACGGUGGCUGCUCCCACCUCUGCCAUCACACCAGCUCUGGCCCCUCCUGCAGCUGCAACUUGGGAUACCGGCUGGAUGAAGACCAGAAAACUUGCAUCGAUACUGAUGAAUGCACUGCUGGUUCUCACUGCUGCCAGCAGGACUGUUACAACUACCCAGGAGGCUAUGAAUGCCUUUGCUAUGCUGGCUACAGACUCAACACUGAGGGUUGCGGCUGUGAUGAUGUGGAUGAGUGCUCUUCCAGUAAUGGAGGAUGUGAACACUUGUGCCAAAACCUUGUUGGCUCUUUCCACUGCAGUUGUCAGAUUGGCUACAAACUGGAUGAGGACCGGAGGAGUUGCAUUUUACUUGAGGACCCCGUGGAAGCCCUGGAUGGUCGCCAUCCGGUCCUUCGGCCCCUGCCCCAUGUGGCUGUCCUGCGGGAUGAGCUCACCCAACUUUUUGAGGAUGAGUAUGACGAAGAAGAGGCAGAAGCAAGAGGCGAGCACACUUUGACUGAGAAAUUUGUCUGCUUGGACGACACCUUUGGCCCUGACUGCAGCUUGACCUGCGAGGAUUGCCAGAACGGAGGGGUCUGCAACGCAGAGCAGUCCGGUUGCAUCUGUCCGGACGGCUGGAGCGGUCUCCUUUGCAACGAAACUUGCCCAGAGGGCACCUUUGGACGGAACUGCAGCUCGACCUGUCUCUGCCAAAAUGGAGGCACCUGUGACCCCGUGACGGGGGGCUGCCGCUGCCCCCCUGGAGUGAAUGGAGAGCGAUGUGAAGACGGUUGUCCCAAAGGUUUCUAUGGGAAGCACUGCAGGAAGAAAUGCAACUGCGCCCACCGGGGACGCUGCCACCGGAUUUACGGAGCCUGCCUUUGUGACCCAGGACUCUAUGGGCGAUUCUGCCAUCUUGCUUGCCCAAAGUGGGCCUAUGGCAUCGGCUGCUCCGAGGAAUGCCAAUGCGUGCAACACAACACUCAGGAUUGCGACAAAAAGGACGGCACAUGUCUCUGCAAGCCUGGCUACCAGGGCAGGAAAUGCCAAGCAAAAUGCGAACCAGGAUACUAUGGUGCCAGGUGCAAGAGCAAAUGUGAUUGCCCAGCCGGAGUACCUUGCGAUCAUGUGAAUGGAGAGUGCCAGAAGCUCUGUGGUGAAGGCUACCAUGGGAAGAACUGCACCCAAGAGUGUCCUGAAGGCAAAUUUGGGGUGAACUGCCUACAGUCCUGUUCCUGUAGUGGCUCGCCUUGCAACCCAUUCACUGGCCAAUGCCUUUGCGUGGCUGGGAAGACUGGCGUCGAUUGUGGCCAAGAUUGUCCUGAAGGCCACUGGGGACCAGGCUGCCAGGAUAUCUGUCCGGACUGCCAGAACAACGGCCGCUGCGUCCCUACCACCGGCGUGUGCCUCUGUGCUCCUGGAUAUGCAGGCAACUUUUGCCAGGAUGUGUGUCCACCUGGCUGGUAUGGGCAGGAUUGCCAACUGCCCUGCAACUGUGGGAAUGAAGGGCAUUGCCACCCGGAGACAGGGAGGUGCAGCUGUGCCCCCGGAUGGACUGGCUAUCAAUGUCAAAGAGCCUGCGAUGCUGGCUACUGGGGUCCCGACUGUGCCAACACUUGCAACUGCAGCAACAGCGAUGGGAGCUGCAAUGCCUUGACUGGGCAGUGCCUCUGUGAGGCUGGCUAUACUGGGUCCCGUUGUGAUCGGAAGUGCCCCGAAGGGAUGUUUGGUCCAAACUGCCGGCACCGGUGCCAGUGUGACAACGGAGCGGCUUGCGACCAUGUGAGCGGGGCCUGCACUUGCACUCCGGGUUGGAGAGGGACGUUUUGUGAGCUCGCCUGCCCUGAGGGUUUUUAUGGGAUGGAGUGUCGAGGGACCUGCCGUUGCCUCAAUGGAGCCCAUUGCGAUCCUGUGAUGGGACAUUGCCUUUGUCCUCCUGGCUGGAUCGGCCCAAACUGCAAUCAAACUUGCCAGGCUCACCGCUAUGGGGAGAAUUGCAGCCAGGAAUGCCACUGUUCCAACGGGGCUCCUUGUGACCACAUCAGUGGGAAGUGCCUCUGUGCGCCUGGAUGGACGGGAGACACCUGUCAGCAAGUCUGUCCAGAUGGCUUCUAUGGUGCAGGCUGCCAACUACCGUGCCUCUGUCAACACGGUGGGAUGUGUGAUCCCGUCACUGGACUCUGUACAUGCCCAGAGGGAUGGAUCGGAUUGGCCUGUGAACUAGAGUGCCCUGAAGGAAAGUAUGGGCAUGGUUGCCAAGAAAACUGUGGUUGUCUCCAUGGAGGGCUUUGUGACCAAGAGACCGGGCACUGCCGUUGCCAUCCUGGAUGGACCGGAGAGAAGUGCCAAAGCCCAUGCCCAGAGGGAACACAUGGAAGAGAGUGCAAGGAGCUGUGCGACUGUGAGCGUGGAGUCCAGUGCCAUCCCGUCACAGGGGCCUGCGACUGCCCACUGGGAUGGAGAGGACAGCGCUGUGAGAAAACCUGUCUGCCGGGGACCUUCGGACUCAACUGUGCACGGAUCUGUCAGUGCGCAGGAGUGAAUCACGACUGCCACCCAGUGACCGGGGAGUGUAUCUGUGCACCAGGAUUCCACGGCAGCAAUUGCCGGCAGAGAUGUCCACUGGGACGAUAUGGUCCAAACUGUGAGAAGCAGUGUAAAUGUAAGAACGGAGGGCAGUGUGUGACCACCACGGGAACGUGCCAAUGCCCAGCUGGCUACAUUGGAGCUGACUGCAGUAGUGCUUGCCCACCUGGACACUAUGGAGCUGGCUGUACACUGGUGUGUUCCUGCAGCCACAAUGCCACCUGCCAUCAUGUGACAGGGUUUUGCCUUUGCCCUCCAGGAAGGACUGGCCCCAACUGCGAACAUGGUUGUCCAAGGAAUCGUCAUGGACCGGGAUGUAAGCAGGCGUGUGGCUGCCAGAACGGAGGAAUCUGUCUCGCAUCCAACGGUUCCUGCCUCUGUCGGCUCGGGUGGACUGGGACAUUUUGCGAACUAGGAUGUCCACCAGGAAGCUAUGGGUCCGGCUGCCAGCUGAACUGCACUUGUCGAAACAAUGCAACCUGCGAUAUGGUGACAGGAGCCUGCCAAUGUGGGAAAGGCCACUAUGGGAACUUGUGCGAACACAGUUGCCCAGCGGGCUUCCACGGAGUCCGUUGCCAAGAGCCAUGUGUUUGCCAAAACGGAGCCACGUGUGACCCGGUGACAGGGGAAUGUAUUUGCCCCCCUGGUUUCCAUGGCAACCAGUGCCAAAAAGACUGUGAUGCAGGGACAUAUGGUGAAAAUUGCCAGCAUCGUUGUGACUGUGAAGGGAAUGCUCUGUGUGAACCUGCGACCGGGCGCUGUCUCUGCCCUCCUGGGAAAACAGGCGCCAAGUGUGAUGAAGACUGCCAGCUGAAGAAAUACGGCCCUGGCUGUGCGCUGACCUGUGAGUGUUCCUUGGCGAACUCAUACUGCAAUGCCCAGAACGGACGGUGCGUUUGCCUCAAUGGCUACAUAGGGACGACAUGUCGGGAAGGUAAGGGAGACCGACGACGGAAGGGAGGGCUUGUUUUGCAAAGGAAAGCAGAACUGGAAAAACUAAUGAUGACUUUCCCCAAAAGGAAUAUGGGUUAUGAUUCUGCAAAAGUGUGCUCCUAGUAGUGAGGGUUGUUUCUGUCAGCAGUUAGCA